ACAAAACCCGGGCGCGCCGGAGCUCACACGCGCACGCACGGCAGGCAGACGACCCCGGUCGCUCUCUCUCUCUCUCUCUCUCUCUCUUUCUUUUUCUCUGUCUGUCUGUCUCUCUCUCUUUCUCUCUCGGCGCUGCGGAGAAAACCAGCUCUCCAUCCUCUUCCCGGAGCGCCGAGCACCGCCACCCUUGAGCCCAACGCCAGGAAACCAAACCCGAAGGUGAGGCAGCCGGAGGACCAAUCUUCCUUCUCUGCUGCCUGCCAGCCCGGACUGAAGCGCCCCAUCCCAGCAUCCCAGCAUCCCAGCAUCCCAGCAUCCCAGCAUCCCAUCCCCCGCCCUGGACUCGGAUCUCUGCCACCCUACUCUAGGGGGUUGGACCGCGGGGUGUGCCCUCACCCCUGCGCCCCCCCCCCCCAGGGUCUGGAAUCCACAUUUCAGCACUUCGGACAGCGCCCGGAUCCCUUUGGGUUGAUUGACUAUGGCGAGCGUGCAGCAGGGCGAAAAGCAGCUCUUUGAGAAGUUCUGGCGAGGAACCUUCAAAGCGGUGGCCACUCCGCGUCCCGAGAGCAUCAUUGUUGCCAGUAUCACAGCCCGCAAGCCGCUGCCAAGGACAGAACCCCAGAGCAGCCCCAUGACUCCAGCCCAGGGUGGACUUUCAGAAAAGCUGAGUCAGCGACUGACCACUGAGACUUUUGGCACCAAUAGCUGGGGGAGAGAUAAGGCCUGCCGGGAGCUGGGACAUGCCAGAUCACGCAGUGCCUCUCCAGACAGAGACCUGACGCCACCACCUUCUUCCAGGGGGAAGAAGAAAAAGAAGAAAUCCACCCGGAAGAAGAGAAGGAGAUCCCCAUCCUAUAGCCCAUUGCCUGUCAAGAAAAAGAAGAAGAAAAGCUCGAAGAAACAUAAACGACACAGGUCAUUCUCCAAGAAGAGAAGACACAGCUCCUCUAGCCCAAAAAGCAAAAGACGGGAUGAGAAGAGGCACAAAAAACAAUCUCGAAGCCGGCCCCGAAAGUCUCACCGCCACAGACACCACCGCUGCCCCUCAAGGUCCCAGAGUUCGGAGUCUCGUUCUUCCAGCUGUGAGAGCAGGCACCGAGGUCGGUCACCAGAGGAAGGGCGGAAAUCCCGCCAAAGACAUUCCCGCCGCUGCCCCAAGACCCUCUGCAAGGCCAGUCCCGAGGCCCGGUCUAGCCACCUGCCCAGCCAGCCCCUCCAGAUGCUUGGCUUCCUGUCGGCCAGGGGUGUAAUCACUGGGCCGGGGUCUGCGGCUGACCUCUUUAGCAAAACAGCCAGCGUGCUCACCACCAGCACCUCCCGAGGGCGUUCCCAGGAGUAUGACUCAGGCAAUGACACCUCCUCGCCACCCUCUACGCAAACCAGCUCAGCCAGGUCUCGGGGCCAGGAGAAGGGGAGCCCCGGUGGGAGUCUAAGUAAGACCCGGGACCUCAACAAUGGGAACACCUCUGAUUCAGGGAACUCCUUCACCACCUCUUCACCCCAGAACAAGGGGGCCAUCUUGGAGACGAUCUCUCCCACCAGCAGGAGCAGGGAGUCAAGAGGUUUUCAGUCGCCGUGUCUGGAAUGUGCUGAAGUGAAGAAGUCUGGCCUGGCCCCAUCCACAGCCCGGAGCUCCUCCACGAAAGAGUGCUCCCGCAGCUCCUCCUAUGCCAGCUCCAGAUCCUCCAGGCACCCCUCCAGAUCCCCAAACCCCAGGGCCUCCCCCAGGUAUACCCGCAGCCGGUCCACCUCCUCUGAACACAGGUCCUACUCCCGCUCUCCCAGCUACUCCUCCAAGUCUGGCAAGAGGAGCCCGCCUAGCAGGAGCUCUCGAUCUCGCCGCAGCCCCAGCUACUCCCGCUACAGCCCCGGCAGGGAGCGGGACCCCAAGUACAGUGAGAAGGACUCGCAGCAGAGGGAGCGCGAGCGAGCGCGCAGGCGGCGUCGAUCUUACUCGCCCAUGAGGAAGCGCCGGAGAGACUCUCCGAGCCAUCUGGAGGCCCGGAGGAUCACAAGUGCCAGGAAGCGCCCCAUCCCUUAUUACCGGCCCAGCCCGUCUUCGUCCAGCAGCCUCAGCAGCGCCUCCUCCUGGUACAGCGGCAGCAGCAGCAGCAGCAGCAGCAGCCGCAGCUACUCGCGGAGCCGCAGCCGGAGCCGCAGCCGCAGCCGCAGCCGGAGCCGCGCGAGCAGCAGCUCCAGCUCCCGCAGUCCCAGCCCGGCUUCCGACCGGAGCCGCAGCCGGAGCCUCAGCCGCAGCCGCAGCCGCAGCCGAAGCUACAGCUCGGCGGAAAGUUACUGCAGCAGCACGAGGCGCUAAGCGAUGGGCAACCCCCCCCCCACACACACACACCUCGAACUGCGCGCUCCCCCCUUUUGCACUCGGCCAGACUCCCUGCUCACUUGCCCUCCCUUGCCUUCUACUUGGUGACAGAUACAAGAAGACCACCCCUCCCCACCACCCCGCGCCCCCGGCACCCCCUGCUUUCCUUAGGGAGGCGCGGGGAUUAAAGGUGUGUGUUUGGGGGAGGCGGGUUCUCCAGCCCUGUGCCAACGUGAUGGGAACCACUUUCAACCUCAAGCCUGCCCGGGUGGCUGGAGCGAGCCUGGGAUGGAGACGGCCACCUCCUUUCUUCUUGGCACAAAACACCUCAAGGUUUUGUAAAAAAAAAAAAAACAAAACGCAAUGGCUCUAGGACUCAAAAGUUUGGGUCAGAAACACGCUGCACACCCAGCGCUCACGGGACAGAUAUAGACUGAAGACCAAGGUUAAUUCACCCCACCAGGCCUCAGUUUUCCCCUGCAUUCACCCUCACAGCUGCCCGUUUAUGGACCCCAGUGCUAGGGAGAGGGGCGAGAGAAAAAAAUCAAGGGGAGCUGGAGUGCAAGAUACCGGGGUCAGAGCUUUAACCUUUAACCAACAGGCCAGAGUGAAGGUUGGGUGGCCCUUGGGACCUAGAAAAAGAGGUGCGAAUUGAGAAGGGAACAUGGACGUUGGAGUGAAGGGUAGGAGCCAGGGAAAGCUUAGCGGUGAUUUCUCUGGUUACAAGAACAGAGACAAAAAGACAGGAGUCAUGUGUGCUGUCCCAGUCUCUUAGUGGUUCAGGGACGGAAGCCCCGACGUUCCAACGAGACAGAGGCCCCCCCCCCAUAUGCCUUUCAUAAAAUACCUCCUGGCUGUGCCCAAGGGCCCUGCAAACCCCCACAGAUAAGGAGACAGUGCAACAGUUGGUCAGGACAGCUUGGGCUACAGCCCCACUUCCCAAACUUGCCUCAGCCCAACUAGCUGGCACCAGCUUGAUUCCACGGGACCAUCUGCUGAACAUUUCCAGUGCCAUGGCCAAGGGCCAGCCCCAAGCGCCAGCCAGUCUGGCCUGGCAUCCCAAUUGGCGCCUGCUCGCCCCCUCCCCACUGCCCACACUGCCACACCCUGGAUCUUACUCAGGGCGACCUGGCACCCACCUUCCCACCUUUUGGACUAGGUCAUACCCUUUGCCUGGUACAAAUUCUGCCAAGGUGGGUCACAGCUGCUCGGGCUUGGGGAGAAAGACCCAAAUCCAGAGAGUCUGAGCAAGGGUCUUCCAGCGUCCUCCAUCUCAGGCUCUUGCUAGCUUACUGCGGUUUCUCGUCAGCUUGGGAAAGUGCCCACCUUGGUUCCUGACCUCACCCUUACCUCUCUCCUCUUGCCAGCGCUGGGCGGAAGGGUAAGCUGCCCUCUGACAUAGAAAUAGCUGCUUCGCCUGAAGAAGGCACCGGGAAUUGCCAAGCAGGGGAGAAGCUCCUUGAAAUAAACCCAUGGGCAUCCCCCUCACCAGCUGCCUGGCUUGUUCAGGAGCCUCGUGGGUGGGUGUCAAGUUUGGGGUGGCAACAGCUGAACGGGCCAGAGAGUAGAGGGAGGGAGGCUUCAUCCCCGACCCUUGGAAUACUGAAACUAUGGGGAUGCUAAGACCCAUAGUAAUUUUAUCCCACUCAACCCAAGGAAAAACGUUCGGAAAUACCCUCUGUCUUGGACGCAGUGACCCCUGCCCACUCCCUCUUUCUCAUCCUCUCAGCCUGGGGUGUGCGGGGAGGGCAGUGAACUCCGUGCACCCAUCCAAAAAGGCCUUCGCCUAUCAGAAACAGCAGUGGCUGCCCCUGGCCUUCCUGCCAAGGCUCUUGGCCCAGGCUGAAGCUCCGCCCACCAAGACCCAUGGAUGCCAAUCCUGUCAGCACCGAAGGCCGGAUGGCAGGUGCCUGGAAGGGCAUGUACAGAAACUGUAAAUAACUCUCAACCUUACCCACCCGGGGCCUAGUCUCCCUCAUGGAGACAAAGGCUUCCAGGAGCCACCAGAGCUCCUUAGCAGGACCGUGGGAGAGGCCCAGCAGCCUCCUAUCCAGACUGUCUUCAUUCAGAAUCAGUUUGGGGGACGAUUUUUGCCUGGGACUCCUAGCAAACUUUUUAUUUAUUUGAUUUAUUUAUCUGUUUAUUUAUUUGUUAUUUAUGUGAUAUGCUCACCAUUAGCAGUAUUUAAUUAUUUAUUUAUAUGGAGAGUUUGUGUAUGAGUGUGCACAUGUGUGGGGGGUAUUUUUUUGCGGGGGCAGGGGGGCUCUUCUAAGUUAUUUUUGUACAUCUGUUCUUUUUUUCUUUCUCCCGUCUCUGUGAAUGUGAUUGGAGAGGUCAGAUUAGUGGACCUUUUUCUCAGAAGGUUCUGGGCCCAGAAUAUGCUGGAGUUGACCUUGAAGUACAUUGAGUCCCAGAUUCAUUAAUCCAACCCGAUGUCCGUGAGGUUCAGGAGGCCCCCUUGCCCACAAGCUACCUACCACCAUAAGGACAUAUCAGGUGAGCUUGGAUGUAGAGUUCACAACACGCCCUAAGUCCAGGGCUGUAGUCUGAAGUUAGCACGUCAAAGUUCCCCAAAGUCAAAUCCCUGGAAAAGGCCCCUUGGGAGACACCUAUUGGAGACAGGAGUCUUAGCUUCAGUGGAGUACAUUGCGAAGUGGUUGCCUCAUUCUUGGGGGGCUCAGUGUAGCCAAGAGAAGCUUCCUGCAGCAUGAGGGUGUUCACAGCAGGAGAGUGAGGCCUGACCCUGGGAAGACAAGAUGUCUGUCUGGAUGUCACUCCAAAACGUAGAUUAGUAGAAGGUUCACCUACUUGCUCUGAGCCGUAUAUGCCUGGUCUCGUGUAAGUAACAUGAACUUCUAUUCCAAGUAGCUAAUUUCCUUUCUCUUUCUGGGAGCUGGAGGCUUUUCGGUAUGGUCUCCGGUGGACACGGGCUCCUCUGUGAGGAGUCACUGAGGUUCUUUUGCUGUGAUCUCUCGCUAUUCCAUCGAGGAGAGAACAAAGCUGUUUCUCCUGAAAUUAAAAAAAAAUAAAA